CACGCUGGAGGGACUAUGUUUCUUGGCUGGCCUAGGAACACCUUGGGAUUCCCCCAGAGGAGCUGRCCCAGGUGGCUGGRGAGAGGGAAGUCUGGGUCUCUCUGCUUAGGCUGCUGCCCCCACGACCUGACCCCAGAUAAGWGGAAGAAAAUGAUGGAUGGAYGAAGCAGYCACAUKCUCACUCACACCUAGAGAYAAUUUAGAGCAACAAAUAAACCUAACAUGCAUGUUUCUGUUCUGUGGGAGACUAUGGAAAUACCUUGAGGAAAAAAAACUCUUGAAAGACCACCACUGGGCGUUGAAUCUUCUUCCUAUGAGGUCACAGCUCAAACCACUGCUCCUGUGCCUCAUGACUCAUUUAAAACCCACAGAAGUAAUACCUUCAUGAACUAACUCUUGAUGUUAAACAAAAAAAAAAAGACAAUCUGAUUUCAGGACUUUCUUUUUCUUUCAGUGGUUUGUGUCGGGUUCUUGCUGUCUUCAGUCCAAUCUCAUUCCCCCACCAAGCUCGACUGGUGUCACUUGUUCUCUGGAAUGGUGGAAACACCAAAGAUCUACGACUUAUUGCAUCUGUCACUCUGACUUUCAAGGAUUUGGUGUAUUUAGGCAGGUUGACACGGUGUUGGAGGAAUCCUCCACACAACCCCCAGGAAGGAUGAAUAGCUCCUGUGCUGGGUGCCUGAAGAGUCUGGUGGUGUCUCUUCACUUCCUCUGUUGGUUUCGGUGCUGUGGUGUUCAUGGUGUGGCUGACUGGAAGGGGAACGUUCCCAUCUCUUGYUGUACUUUGGAUCCCUGCAACUUGUCCGACCGACCCAACUGGCAGGAGGGCUGUGUGGUGAAACUGAGGGACUGGUUCGCAGGAAACUACCUGAGCACAGCAUCAGGAGUCGUCACCAUGUUCAUGAUCCAGUUUGCUUGCCUGAGCAUCACCUUCCCUCUCUUUUGCCACUUGAGUCGCCGAGGAYUGGGGUACCAGUGAAGAAGGCCCAUGAAAGGUUUUCUGUGAYGGCAGGAACCAGCAGACUUCUUGUGCCUGUGUCAGCAGCUCCUGGAGUGGUUCACAAUAAAAACCUGUUUUUAGGACAGUCAUGAGCAGAG